AUGUAUCCCUACCUGCAGAACCAGCAGCCCUACCUCCAGCUCCAGCAGCCCCAAUUGCCUGCCCAGACUGGCUUUUUCCAGCCCCAGCAGCUCACUGCUCAGCAAGCUGGCUUUCUCCAACAGCAACAGCAACAGCAACAGCAACUUACUGCUCAGCAGACUGGUCUCCUCCAGCAACAGCAGACUGGCCUUUAUGCUCAACAGCCCCAGACCACCUUUUUCUCUGGUCUUCCUAACCAGCUCAAUCAGCAACCUCAACCUCAACCUCAACCUCAACCUCAACCUCAAUCCCAGCUUCUCUCUCAGCAGACUGGCUCGUUUCCUUUGACCACUUUCCAACAAUUUCAACCACAGCAAAAUGUUCAACCUCUCCAACCACAACAAACUGGUUUCUUGGUUGCUCAACCCACUGGUUUCAGACCGCUCCAAAACAUGCUAAGUCUUGACCAAUUGACAAUCCAACGAACCGGCGCUCCCUCCAUUGCUUCUUCUGCUGUCUCAAACUCUUCUUCCAAAAAACUUAAUCCUGAUCUAAAAAUCCCCAACAUUCGUCUAUCCUUUGUCACUUCUCAGGACCAAAUCAAAUUUGAAGAAUUGUUUCGCAAAUCAAUUAAAGCUGGCGAACAAUCAAUCGACGGUAAAUCUGCCAAAAAAAUCCUUCUCAAGUCUGGUCUCUCUCCUCAGACCCUAAAGGAAGUAUGGGCUCUUUCUGACACUACUCGUGCCGGUAAACUACUUUUCCCAGAAUUCGUUCUAGCUUUGCAUUUAUGCAAUAUUGUUUUGAAUGACAAGAAGUUGCCAAUCAAAUUGCCCAAAAAGAUAGCAAAUGAAAUCUCAAGCUUCAUCGACGCCAUAGUCAUCAGCUUGACCAACGAUGAUGAUGAUGAUCCCACCCUAAACAAUAAAAACAAAAAUAAAAAGGACGAAUUGCCUGAUACAAGUCCUUUCACUACUACUCAAAACAACGACUCCCAGCAAAAUCUACUACCUCAAUUAACCGCCGGUCAACAGCUAACUAACGCUUUUGCUCCCCAACAGCAAAUCCCUUUCCAACAAACUGGCUUUCAGCAAACUGGCUUUCAACAAAAUCUAACUGGCACUGCUCCCCCCUUGCAAUUCCAACAAACUGGCUACCAAAUUCCCACUGCUUUGCCCUUAAGACCUGCUGUAACUGGUGGGGUCUCUCAAUUGCAAUCGAUGCAGGGUGCUUUUAUGCCUGGCGCAAUUCAAUCUUCUUUCAACCUUCCUACCCAAAACAACUUCAACCCAAACAACAAUAUCCAACCCAACAACAACAUCACAAACUGGACAAUUUCAAAGGGCGAAAUGACAAUCUAUAACAACAUCUUUACUGCCUGGGAUAAAUCAAAUUCUGGCUUUGUUGAUGGUCCCGCUGCCAUAGAAAUCUUUUCAAAAUCUGGCUUAUCCAGAACUGACCUAGAAAAAAUUUGGGGUCUAGCUGACUCAAAUGAAAGAGGUAAGCUAAAUAAAGAUGAAUUUGCUGUAGCAAUGCAUCUCGUCUACAAAAGAAUCAACGGUGUCCAAAUUCCAACUUCUCUACCCAUUGAACUAAAACCAAUCAGCUCAAAAAUCAUUGAUGAUUCCUUCAAUUCUGCUAAAAACUUUUUGAAAAAUGCUGGCGCCUUUUCCCAAAAAUCAACCCACUCCUCAAAUUCAAUCUCUUCUGGUAGAUACCAAAAUAACGAUAACGACUUUUCCUUCUAUAAAAGCUCAAACAGACAUCGAAAAGCAAAUGAUUACCCUCAAAAAAAAGAUCAUGACUCUCCUCUACAAAUUCCUUCAUCUUUAUCCGUCGAUGAAAAAAUAUCCGCUUUGAGAACUCGCAUUCAUGAAAAGGAAAUUCUUUUCUCUGCUUUAGACGCAGAAGAUGACUAUGCAUCUACUGAGGAUAGAAUUGCUCAGAACAACGAACUAGCAAUUGUUAAAUUGAAAUCUCAAAUCGAACAAAUCCAACAAAAUAUCAACUCUUAUCCUGAUAACUCAAAUUCAAUCUCAGAAUCCUAUAAAGACGAUCUACUAAGAAAACUUAACUCGCUAAAUGAUAGAGUCCCCCAAUUAAUUUCAAAAAUUAAUAAUCUAGAUGAGGAAUUAGGUCGCAAAAAAAUUGAUCUAUACAGAUUGAAUACAAGAAAAAGAAUUCCAAACUCAAAAUCUUUAAGAGAAAUUUAUGAUGAAACUUUUUCACUCAAAAAAUCUUCAAAGGAGAUGGUUAAUGAUAUUCAAAACGAUAUUAGAAACUAUUCAAUGAAAAUUGAAAACAAUCUAAAAUCUCUCGGUGCCGGUGAUAGUUUAAAGAAAAAUAUUUCUCACAAAUGGGAAACUGGCGCUGGUGUGCAAGAUGAUGUUAGACGAUUCAUCAAUCUAUUUAAAACAACAAAAUCUUUUGCUCCAAGAGAAUUUGAGCCAAGAAGAUCAUCUUCAAGAGUCUCUCCUCCCGUUGCUUCAAAACCUUCUUUUGUGAGAAACAACUUUAAACAAUCCUCCUCACAAACUUCUCUUACUGAAUCCACAAUUUCUCAAUCAGUACCAGCACCAGCACCAGCACCAACUCCUCCUCCUCCUGCUGCAAAUCACUACAAGACUCCAGAGGAAAGAGCUGCUUAUAUUAAAGCACAAGCCACCAAAAGAAUGAAUGAAAGAUUAGCUUCAUUGGGAAUUUAUCCAAAAAACUCAAAAUCACAAUCUCCAUCUUCAUCUUCAACAAAUCUUUCUGCUCCACCAAAAAAAAGCAGGGCUCCUCCACCACCUCCUAAAACUAGAUCUAAUCAACAAGAUCCCGUUGUUCCAAAACCCGCAUUUUCCAAACCUAAAGUUGAAACCCCUCCAUCUCAAAUUCAGAACAGAAGUGUCGAGUCUCAAUUUCAAUCAAAGCCUAAACCUGCACCUUUUCCUCAACCUUCUCAACCCCAAUUCAAACCAGUAAAUUAUUAUACAUCUUCAGAUGAUGACACUUCUGACGAUGACUCUGAUGAUGAUGAGUAUCAAAGAAUUUUACUUGAAAAAAAGGAAAUGGAAAAGAGAGAAAACGAAAGAAAAGAAAGAUUAAAAAAAGAAAAAGAAGAAAAAGAAGAAAAAGAAAGACUCGAGAAAGAAAAAGAAGAAAAAGAAAGAAUUGAGAAAGAAAAACUAGAAAUAGAGAGACAGGAAAAGGAAAGACAAGAAAAGGAGAAAAAAGAAAAUGCUAAGAAAGCAAGAAAAUUAGCUAGAAAGAAAGAAAAAGAAGCGAGAUUGGCAAAAUUGAGAGCAGAAAUUGAUCAAAUGAAAAAACAACAAGAAAAUCAGGAAAGAUCAACUGAUACUGUUUCAGAACCAAGUUUGGUUCAAGAGCCAGAAGAAGCUGCAAGCAUCAAUUCUCACCACCAAACCAAUCCAUUUGCAAAGGGGUUUGAUAAGCCUACUGUUGCUCCUGUUGCUCCUGUUGUUCUUUCAACUUCAGCUCCAGAUCCAGCUGCUUCUCCCGCUGUUUCUGUUUCCAUACCCAAAUCAUCAACUCCUCUUAGCGCCCCAAAUACCUCAAACAAUCCUUUUUUCAUGAAUAAUAAUAAUACAUCUUCACUCCCUCAAAAGCCUACAGUUGACAAAAACUUGGCGGAAAAACAAAGAAUUAAUCAAAGAGGUGGAAAUGAUGACGAGGAUGAUGAUUGGGGUGAUGAUGAUGACUUUAUAAAUGAAGAAGAUGACGAGGAUUUAGACAGAGCAAGAGGAAAGAAAUUAGCAAAUUUGUUGUUUGGAAAUGGAAGUUCUUCCAACACUGAUGAUAUCAAAAAAAGUGUUCUCCCACAAUCAUCUGCAACUCAACUGAACUUUAUUUCAGCAAAAUCAUCGCCAACUCCAAGUAGUUUUGCCACUGUUUCCUCUUUUCCAGAAGUUCCUAAUCAUAUAGCUCAGCCUAUAGCUACACCUGAACCUGUAGUUGCAUCUGAACCCACGAGUGUUCUCAAUAACAAUAACUCAACUUUGCAUAAAGAAACUUAUGAUAAACCUAAAGCUGAUGGCUAUGCUAGUGAUUCUGAUAUUUCUAUUCCAGAAACUAUAGAUUCUGAAUCCUUUGAUGACGCUAUAGGAGACGAAAGUGUUUUUCCUCCUUUAGAAAAUAUUCCUUCUGAAGUUCCAAGUGCAGUUCCUUCCCCACUUCCAAUUGGUUUUCAAUCUGGAAAUAAAAACAAUUUUUCUACAAUUGUUCCUCCAGCACCACCAGCGCCUCCUGCUUUUUUAACCCCACCACCACCUGCACCACCUUUAAUUGCACCAUCUGCUCCUCCACCACCACCAAUUCCUUCAAGUAUAUCAUCUGGAGGUCCUUCUGCUCCAAGCUCUUCUGUUCCAAAUAUCAAUGCGUUAUUAGGCGAAAUUAAUCUUGGUAAAAGUUUAAAAAAAGUUCCUGAAGAAGUAAAACACAUUUCCAGUGGCGGAAAAGUAGGAAAAGUAGUUUUAUAA